AUGGAAGCAAUUAAAAAAGAAUAUGAUUUUUUUGGUUACCAUACAAGUAAUUCAUUUAAAAUUGAUAUCAUAUUAAAAGAAUUAUCAAUAGAAAAUUUCAAUUAUCAUCGAGUUGAUAUUGCAGCAGGCGAACAAUUAAAAGAAGAAUUCUUAAAAUUGAAUCCAAACAAUAAGAUUCCAGUGAUUGUAGAUAAUUCACAUCAACCACCAUUAGUUAUCUUUGAAUCUGCAACCAUUUUAGAAUAUCUUGCAGACAAGUAUCCAUCAGGGAAAUUGUUACCAGGUCUUGAUAAACCACAUGAACGUUAUGAAGUUUUAAAAUGGUUAACUUUUACUGUUACCUCUCAAGGUCCAAACUCUGGUAGUUUACUUUUUUUUAAAAUUCAUUCACCAGAAAAGAUUCCAUCAGUUAUUGAACGUUUCCAAAAUGAAGUUGAAAGAAUCUAUGGUGUAAUGAAUAAUCAAUUAAAAGAUAGAGAUUAUUUAGCUGGAAAUGAAUUAUCAAUUGCAGAUAUCUCAGCUUAUGGAUGGGGUAUGUAUUUGAAAUGGGGUAUCAUGAUCGAUGAUUGGGAGUCUAAAUAUCCAAAUUUCAAAAGAUGGAUUGAAUUGGUCGAAAAAAGAGAAUCAUUUCAAUAUGCUAUCAAAGUAGCUGAUGAAGGUAUUAAGAAAUGGAAAGAAUCUAAAAAAGAAUAA